AUGACCGUUAAAAAAAUAUGGCAACCGUCUCUUGAUGACACGGCGUAUUUAUUUAGAAAAACGGAAACGAUAUUUAUUUUUGAGUCACAGUUUGUUAGUACAAUUCAAGAAUAUUUAUUUAUUUAUUUAUUUUUUAUGGUUAUUGCCUUGAAAAAUGUUAAAUCAGAGUGGAACGAGAAACAAAAAAAAAAAAAAAAAUGUGAAUUCGAAUUGGAAUCCAUUAUAUACAUAUAUAAUUAUUAG